AUGACCGUAGAGUCGUCGCCGCUGGACGUCACGACUCGCGGGCACACCCAAGACGGCAGGCCGUCCCCGCUUUCCAUACCCGCCAACACCCCGUCCGACAGAUCGCAACGCAUCAGGCACUGCAACACGCACAACACCUUGUCUCCGGCUCAGCAAUGGAAUCCACCCAGCACUCUCAGCGAUCUCACUCAGUCCAUCGACCCUCCAGCUCCCGCCACCAGCUCCGAUAAUACUGCGACCCAGACGUGUCAGCACGACGGCUCCAGCAGCGCAUCCAUCGAGCGCGACGGCUCCAGCAGCGCAACCAUAGAGCGCGACGGCUCCAGCAGCGCACCCAUAGCGCGCGAAGGCUCCAGCAGCGCCGACGACGCUUCAAAGGACCGUGACAGCUCCGUCGGUGCGACCGACGCACACAGAAACCCCGACACCGCGCCCCUCGACGGCACCGGCCUGCCCGACGACGCCAGCCCUGAGCAACCCAACGCCAGCGUGUUCAUCGCUGAUUCCGUGCGACGCGCCGAAGUCCUGCCCAUGCAGCGAACCUGCCAUGCAGCCAGGAGACAGGUGACCUGUCCGCCACACCCCGCCACCGGCGACGGAACAGCUUUCCACCAAUUCCCGCCGGUGACCGCUUACGUCCGCAUCAGCGACAGCACCGACAAGCGGCUCGCCCUGCUCGAUACGGGCUCAUCCAUUGGCCUGAUCGACGCAAAGCUGGCUGAGAGCAUUGGCGUCGCGCCGACCGGUCCCCAGGUCUCGGUCAACGGCAUCGGUAACGACAAGACAGCCGGCUUCGUCACAUUGCCGUUUGUCAUCUCGGCCGCCGCUGACAGAGAGCCUGUUGACAUCGCAUCAUCCAGCGACUUCCACGUGGUCCACAACUUUGGCCUGGGAAUCUGUCUUGGCCUCGACGCGCUGCACGCCAUCGAGGCAGCCAUCGAUCCGAGCCGAGGAGUGACCGUCACACCGCACGGCACCUUCCCGAUCUACGACCAACGGGGAAGACCUCUAGUCAACCAAAGGCUCUCCAAGACAAUCCGCACCGCCGCGGCGACCACACUUCCGCCAAAGUCUCACGCGUGGGUUCGAGUCACCCACGGCUGCCGCCGCGACGUGGACUACGUCGUGGACAGCAGUCUUUGGUCACACGGUCCAUCAAGAACACUCUUCGCGACAGGGCGCGCUGUCAUCGACGCCGACACUCAGUAUAUCCUGGUCACCAAUCUCAGCGCCCGACCGCAUCGCUUGCAUCAGAACCUCGUCCUCGGCGAGGCCGCCCCGCUCGUUGCAGGUACGCAGGCAAGCCGAGCAGGCAACUUCUUGCUCUUCGCGGAGGGAGAUGAAGAGCUCCGUCCGCCCGACUCCUCGCAAAGCACCGCUGCGCAGGACCUCUCACAAGAGGUGCCCACCGCUCACGCCCAAGGCAAAGACGGCGAAGCCCCACACGCAGCCACGCGUGCUCCCGCUCAGGACAAGUCCGGCGCCGUUGACCAUAGCGAGAUCGGCGAUGCUUUCGGCCCAAACGCAGCCGCCAAGCAGCAAACGGCAGACAACGGCACCGCGGUACGCAGCCCCGCACGACCCCUGUCGGAACAGGACUUGCUGCUGGUCCGCGCUACGGCCGCACUCGCGUCCAACAUCGGCGGUGGGACGGCGCCGUACUGGCAAGCCACCGGCACAAGCAGCGACGCGCAACCGCUACAGCCGUCCGACGAAUGGCCGCUGCCCAAGACGCACGCCGACCCUCGCAUCGCGCUUGUGGACAAACGCUUCCGCGUCGGCUGCCCUCCCGACUCGGACGAGCCACACCAGGUGAUUGUCGACGUUCUGCGACGGAACCUCGACGCCUUUUCACUGGACGGUCGCCCUGGCCACAUCCGCUGCGAGCCCAUGCGCAUCCCGCUAAAGCCCGGAGCAACGCUUCGACCUGAGGCCCCCCGCCGCGUCAGCCCGCAGUCUCGGGGCAUCAUCGACGCGAACCUCGAGCAGCUUCACGACUGGGACUGUAUCGAGCCGUCGAACUCGUCAGUUUCCUUCCCGAUCCUCCUGGUCAAGCAAGGCACGAAGCAUCGUAUGUGCGUCGACUACCGCGGACUCAACGAGGCCAGCACCGUCGACCGCUACCCACUUCCGCGGAUCGAUGACGUCCACGAGGCACUCGGCGGAUGCACCAUCUUCUCCGGACUCGACGCCAUUCGGGGAUACCACCAAAUGGACAUUGCGGAGGAGGAUCGCCCCAAGACGACCUUCGUUUGCCACCACGGCCUCUACCAGUACAAGCAAGUCCCCUUUGGCCUGCGAAACGCGCCGGCCGCCUUCCAGCGAUUCAUGGACUUGCUUCUGGGCGGCAUGCGAUGGGUCGAGGCACUGGUCUACUUGGACGACGUCGUUGUCUUCUCCCGCACCCUUGCAGGCCAUGCCGCGUCCCUCGAGCGCCUCCUCAAGGCCGCUAUCGCCGUCGGGCUCAAGUUCUCGCCCGAGAAGUGCACGUUCGCCACGCCGGAGCUCAAGCUGCUCGGGCGGAAGAUAUCAGCCGACAGCGUGGCCACUCUCGAUGACAAGACGGCCGCGAUCCAACAUCUUGCGGCGCCCACCUAUCUCCAGGACCUGUAUCACGCCCUUGGCCUCUUCAACUACUACCGCUCGUUCAUACCGCGAUUCGCGGAACGCGUUGCCCCACUCACCACGCUCACCAAAGGGCACGCAUACAAGAAGAACGAGGCCGGCAGGUGGUCCCUAGUUGAUAAGGCCGGCGCCCGCGUCAGCGCGCGCUCGAUCAAGCUCGAUUGGGGUCAAGACCAACAAGCCGCGUUCGAAGACCUCAAAGGCGCGUUGGUGUCGCCGCCCGUUCUCGCCCAUCCCGACUUCAAGAAGCCCUUCGUCCUCUACGUGGAUUCGAGCAAGCACGCAUUUGCGGCUGCGCUGCACCAGCGGCAGGACGCGGCAGCACAUGACCUCGAGACGCCGCCAGUCCCUCAGGCCACAGCCUUACCCGCUGAGACGCAAUCCCUGCACCGCAUCCUCGGCGAUAAAGACGCCUACGCUGACGCGAUGGCCUUGGACCCGGCCUUCGCAGCGCUCUGGCGACAAGCCAAGGCUGGUGACGACACCCCCGGCUACCGCUUCCUCGAGGGUCUCCUCAUCUGCACCGGCCCGCAUGGCCUCGACCAUCAAGUAUGCGUCCCGACACCGCUACUCCAGCCCAUCCUGGCCUCGUCGCACGACGCAGGACACUUCGGCUUGGCCAAGUCCCUGCUGGCAAUCCAAGACGUCGCGUACCAUCCGCGCCUUGUCGAAUCGCUCCGAAGCUACAUCCGUCAUUGCCCGGCCUGCUUGCGGUCCAAGCCACGACGCGCGGUCGGUCGCCUCGACACCAAGCGGAUGCUGACGGCAUCCAAGAGGCCGUUCCACAGCAUCUCUCUUGACGUCGCCAUGGGCUUCCCUCCAGAUGAGAAGGGGCGUGACGCGCUACUGGUCGUGACCGAUCUGUUCUCCAAGAUGGUACUUGUCGAGCCUUGCAGCAAGACAGCGACGGCGGCAGACCUAUACAGGGCGGUCGAGCAGAUGGUCACUCGCCGCGGCUGGUCACCCUCGGUCAUCAUCACCGAUAGCGAUGCACGCCUGGUGGGCAACGUCGCCCAACGCUUCGCAAGGACGAUCGGUGCCGAGAUCCAACCCUCCCGCCCCUACCACCAGCAAGGCAACCCGGUCGAACGGCAGAUCCAGACGUUGCAGCGCGUCAUGCGCACACUGGCACUCGACUGCGACGACUGGUCGACGCUCGCCGCCGCCGCCGAGCUCGCGAUCAACACCUCACCGUCUCUCGCGACCGGAUACGCACCACUGGACCUUGUCUACGUGGAGAGCGGUGCCGACCGCCUGUUCGCCCAGCUCAGCAACGACGACGACCCAGCCCUCCGCCUCCUGGACGACCGGUUUGCCCUUGCACAUGGACGACUGCGUCAAGCACGAGACGCUGUCGCUCGCGCGCAAGCUGUGGACAAGAAGCGUUUCGACAGACACCGUCGACCCCUCCCAACGUACCGCGCCGGCGAUCGCGUCCUCAUUCGCACGGCCGACCGUCCCGUCCUGGCGGCCGCGAACAACAAGCUCGACCCCCCCACCGUGGGCCCCUUCGAAGUCGCAGAAGUCCUGUCUCCACACCGCAUCCGGCUCUCACUGGCACCAGACAUGAAGAUCGACCCUAUCUUCGAUGUCUCGCAGCUCGAUCCCUAUCCGGACUCCGACCCUUUCGGCCGACGCCUCGACGCUGAGCCCGUCAGCGCCAUCGACGACGAGCCGACCUACAAAAUCGAUCGCAUCAUCGACGAGCGCCCCAACCGACGUACCGGCGAACGCUUCUUCCGCGUCCGCUGGAUCGGCAACCCGAGGCCGACCUGGGAACCGGAACACUUGCUACGAGAAGACGACUGCGACCAAGCUAUCCUCGACUGGGAGCUCCGCGACCCAAGCCGAAGGCACCUUCCGACGAGCGUCCCGUCGCGUACGUGUCGAAGUUGA